AUGGCACCCGAUGAACUCCAGGCUCUUGUGAAAGAGCUCCACGUCAGUCUUGAGAAAGAGCAGCUUGACCAAGCCCUUUCACUACUCAGCCGUUCAAAACGAGCCCUUCUACAGCUAAACGCCUUGAUUCCUACACUCUCCACCCCUCCUCAGCUUUUCUCCCUUGCCCGCGAAGUACUAGAAUUAGGCGCCAUCACAUCGAUACGUCGAGGCGAUGCUCCUGCGUUCACAAGAUAUUACCAACAACUCCAGCCGUUUUACGAUAUCGAGCGACAUGUUAUUGCUACUCAAAAAAAUACGUCACAGCUGAAUUUACAAACGAGCCAGAGGAGCAAAGUCACUGGCCUAUACUUGCUCCUGUUGUUGAGUAUGGGCAAUAAUACCGAUUUCCAUACGGUGUUGGAGGGCUUGGUGGAAGAGGCAUCUCUCCAAGAACGUAAUGUGGAAGACGAUCCGUACAUCAAGUAUCCGGUUGAGCUGGAGAGGAGUCUUAUGGAAGGGAGCUAUGAUAAAGUAUGGAGGGAAACGAAAUUGGAAAAUGUCCCGUCGCCAGACUUCGGUUUGUUCUCUGAUAUUUUGAUUGGGACGAUUAGAAGCGAAAUCGCCGACUGCUCAGAGAAAGCGUAUCCUUCCUUGCCUAUUUCUAAUACCAAAAACCUCCUUUUCUUCAACUCCGAAGGUGCCGUUAUAGAAUUUGCGAAAGAGCGUGGAUGGACCUUAAAGGACGGAAGGGUAUAUUUCCCUUCACAGGAAGAGCAAGCAGGCGAAGUUGCUCCUGAGUCAGAAAAGCAAAUUCACCUGACAGGCGGAAAUAUUAUUGAGAAUGCGAUUGGAUAUGCGAGACAAUUAGAAACAAUCGUUUGA